AGGCGCCUGAUUAGUCAAGGGUCGUGUCACUCCCCCCGAGGGCAGCGUGAGGGAAGUCGAAUUGAAGCGACAUGGAGAAAGUGGAGGAAGAAAAAGGCAACUUGGCUGGGGUCCAGCACAUAAUCCUGGUGCUGUCAGGGAAAGGGGGUGUUGGAAAGAGCACCAUCUCCACUGAGCUGGCUUUGGCUUUGCGGCAUGCUGGGAAAAAGGUUGGGAUCCUCGAUGUGGACCUCUGCGGCCCCAGCAUCCCUCGCAUGCUCAAUGUGCAGGAUCGAGAUGUUCACCAGUGUGAUAAUGGCUGGGUGCCAGUCUUUGUUGACAAGGACAAAAGCAUUGCUCUAAUGUCAAUAGGCUUCCUUCUGGAGAAGCCAGAUGAUGCUGUGGUAUGGAGAGGACCAAAGAAAAAUGCUUUAAUAAAACAAUUCAUCACUGACGUCACCUGGGGAGAACUUGACUUCUUGAUUGUGGACACACCCCCUGGGACUUCUGAUGAGCACAUCUCCACAGUAGAAUCCCUUCGGCCUUUUAAACCUCUUGGGGCAGUUGUGGUGACCACACCCCAGGCAGUGGCAGUGGGAGAUGUAAGGCGAGAGCUGACAUUCUGCAAGAAAACAGGUCUGCGGGUUCUCGGGGUUGUGGAGAACAUGAGCGGCUUUGUCUGUCCUCAUUGCUCGGAAUGCACAAAUCUCUUUUCCAAAGGAGGUGGACAGGAACUGGCCAAACAUGCAGGAGUCCCAUUCCUGGGCUGUGUACCUCUGGAUCCACAACUUACCCAAAGUUUGGAAGAAGGCAGAGACUUCCUCCAGGAAUUUCCCAAGAGUUUAGCCUUCUCUGCAUUAGCUGACAUUGCCCAACAUCUUUUGGCUGAGGCCUCCAUCUGUAGCUCCUGAGGCAGCAACUGAGAGUGGAGUUCACAAUGGCUGAUGUCUCCUUGUCGCCCAAACAGAAGUGAAUGAACCUGACCAGGAAAUGGGAGAAAUGCUAUCUUUGGAUAGCAACAGACUUCAGUUGAGCAAAUCAUGGUACCUCAAAUGGGUGUUAGUGCAUUCUUCCCCUUGGAAACGAGUGACACACUUUCUGCUUUGGAGUGGUCUGUCCUGCAAUUAAUUUUGUCAGUCCUGAAUUGAGUAUUUCAGUUUCACCCAUCAAGAACAAGGUACUGCUUAUUUUACACAUGAGAAAAUAGCAUUACUCACAUGCGUACGUCUGAGAGAGAGACUAACAAAAUGUGGUGCUUACGUUCUGGAUUUCAUCCUGUCACUGUGCACUGAAGCCUUUUUAGGUCAGUGCAUGUCGAUCAGUGAAACUCAAAGUUGGCAUUCUCUGUUGCUCUGCAGACUUGAUCGUGGCUCAGGAUUUUUUAGCAGCCGGGUUAUCUAUUAAAUUGUUUUACUGCAAUCAA